AGUGAAAAUUAAGAAGACAGGCAGUGCUUCCAACGGCGUCGCAUAGCUUUGACACACAAACUUGUUAUUUCAUUAUUGUAGCGAUUAGCGGCCAUCAACAACUAUCUUCAGGAAGCUGAAACUCAAAAAUUGAAACAUGGCGGAAAGUGAAACCCUAGAUUCCUCUGCACAUCCACCUCAAGACGAUCCUACCGUAAACGAAGACCAAGACAUGCUUGACGCCCAUAAAUCCACUAACCAUUCGGAUUCGGCUUCCGACUCCGAAUCCGAUUCAGAAGACGAGGCACAGCAGAAUGCACAAAUUCAAGCCCUAGAAACUGACCUCUUAAAUAACCCUUCCAAUUACGACUCUCAUGUUCAAUACAUAAAAGCUUUAAGGAAACAAGGAGAUAUCAAGAAGCUUAGACAAGCAAGGGAAGCCAUGAAUGCUAUUUUUCCUUUGAGUUCAGAGAUGUGGCAGGAGUGGAUAAAAGACGAGACCUCUCUUUGUUCAGGACCUGAUGCCCUCCCUGCAAUUGAGAAGCUAUUUGAACGUGGGGUGUCUGACUAUCUGUCUGUUGCUUUGUGGUGCGACUACUUAAGUUUUGUUCAAGAGCAUGACCAAUCAGUCAGUACACUUUCUGCAGCUGGAAUUUCGAAGGCAAGAAAUCUCUUUGAGCGUGCCCUUGUUGCUGCUGGUCUGCAUGUUGCUGAAGGCAGCAAGAUAUGGGAAUUAUAUAGGGAAUUUGAACAAGCUAUUUUUCUCACUAUUGAUGAAACUGAUGCAGACUCAAGAGAGAAGCAGGUCCAGCGAAUUAGGAAUUUAUUCCAUCGCCAGUUGUCUGUCCCUCUUUCUGAUCCAAGUUCAACUCUCAUCACAUACAAGGCUUGGGAAGCAGAACAGGGAGCCCAUCUUGAUGUAGACUCCAGUAACUUGGAUGGGCUUUCGCCACAUGUUGCCUCCUCAUAUCAAAAGGCCCUUGACAUGAUGAAUGCCAGGACUCAUCUUGAGAAUCAAAUAUCUCAUAAAGUUGCACCUGAAUCAGAAAGGCUUCAACACUAUAUGGCUUACUUAAAAUUUGAGCAGUCGUUGGGGGAUCCUGCGAGGAUACAGAUCUUAUAUGAGCGUGCUGUAGCUGAGUUUCCUAUAUCUAGUGAACUCUGGCUUGAUUAUACUCACUACAUGGAUAAAACCUUGAAGACCUCCAGUCUUGUUCGGGACAUUUACAAAAGGGCGACGAGGAACUGUCCCUGGGUUGGAGAAAUGUGGGUGCGAUACUUGCUGUGUCUUGAACGCGGUCGUGCUUCUGAGGACGAACUAUCUGCAGUUUUCGAGAAGUCCUUACAGUGCACUUUCUCAAGCUUUGAAGAGUAUCUUGAUGUAUUUCUCACGAGAGUUGAUGGGUUAAGGCGGAGGUUGUCUUCAUUGGCGUCUGGAGCUGAAAGCAGAGAUUAUAUAAUUAUACGGGAAACUUUUCAGCGUGCAUCAGAUUAUUUGUCUCCACAUCUGAAGAAUACAGAAAGUUUUUUGCGGAUGUAUAGAUAUUGGGCCCGCUUAGAAUCAACUCUGGGGAAAGAUCUAGUUGCAGCUCGUGGUGUCUGGGAGAGCCUGCUUAAAAUCAGUGGAUCUGUGCUAGAGGUGUGGCUAGGGUACAUAAAUAUGGAAACUGAGAUGGGUAAUAUUAAUGAAGCCCGAUCCCUCUUUAAGAGAUGCUACAGUAAACGGUUCCCUGGGACUGGCUCGGAGGACAUAUGCAAUUCGUGGAUUCGCUUCGAGAGAGAGUAUGGUGCACUUGACGACUUUGAUCUUGCCGUUAAAAAGGUCACUCCUCGCCUUGAAGAGCUGCAGUUAUUCAAGCUACAAGAAGCUAAGAACGUCAGUGUGUCUGCAGAUGAUAGAGACAAUUCUUCGAGGAAAAAUGUGCGUGAAAAGAGGAAGCCAGCAUCAAAUUUAAGUGAAGAACAAUCUCCUGCUAAACGUCAGAAAGAUAAAGCUAAGAAUGUCAAAAUCAUUUCUGAAGAUAGUAAAGACCAAGCAAAAGGCACAGGCAAGGUAAAAAAUACAAAACCAGAUGUGGCUGCGAGCAAACCAGCGAGUGGAAUCAAAAAUGAAAACAAAGUUGUCUCUUCUGGCAAACCUCAGCAGUACAAUGACCAGUGUACUGCAUUUGUAUCUAACCUUAACCUCAAGGCAAACUAUGAUGACUUACGUAGAUUCUUCAGCGAUGUUGGAGGAGUGGUUGCUAUACGAAUAUUAAAUGACAAGUUCACUGGAAAGUCAAGGGGAUUGGCUUAUGUGGAUUUCUCGGAUGACGAACACCUGGCGGCAGCUGUGGCAAAAAACAAGCAGACAUUGCUUGGGAAGAGAGUGAGCAUUGCUAAGUCAGAUCCCAAGGGCAGAAAGAAAGGAAGUGCUGCUCAGGGUGCGUCUUCAAGACAAGGUGAUGGUGCUAAUCAAACUACUGAGAAUUCGGAAGCAGAUGCCGAGGAUUCUGCUGAAGGUUCUGAGGGAAAGGGGCUUCAACCUCCUAGCUAUCGGCGGGCAUCUAAUAUCCAGCUCAAAGGUAAGAAUACGUUCGCAAUGCCCAGAGCUGUCAGGCCGCUUGGUGGGGUUGACAAAGAUAAACCCAAAACAAAAGAAACUGAUGCUGUUGAAGACGAAAAUCCUAAAUCCAAUGAUGAAUUUCGGAAAAUGUUCAUCAAAUCUUGACAUAACUGGAACACUUAAUAUAGUUGUGUAUGUCGUCAUUAUAAUGUUAACCCUAGUAAGCUCUCUAUAGAGUUGUUUAUCACCGGUGUUUUAACUUUUUAUGGGUAUAUUAUGGGAUCUAAGUUUUGUGGUCUGCCAACUAGUUCUAAGUUCAACAUUUUUGAAGGUUCACGAUUAGCGGUUGGAUCUGAACUCUGAAAUGCAUUAAAUUAAAUGAUUGCUUUUAAUAGUAAA